CUUUUCCUCUAAAUUCUCUUGCUCUCCGUAUUUAUCUAUAGGCUCUAACUGACUCUCCCAAAAAUAAGGACCUAUUCCUUUGUCUCUUUGAUUUCUCAGUUUCUUUCUCAAUUGUUUUCUUUCUCAUUUUUCCUUUCGCUCUCUCCAUCAUCUACGACAACAUGGCAAACGCAGCAUCUGGAAUGGCUGUUAAUGAUGAAUGUAAAUUGAAGUUCCUAGAGUUAAAAGCAAAGAGGAACUAUCGUUUCAUUGUGUUUAAGAUUGAGAAUCAGGAAGUGGUAGUAGAGAAACUUGGAGGUCCAGAAGAAACUUAUGAAGACUUUAAUGCUUCUCUCCCUUCAGAUGAAUGUCGUUAUGCUGUCUUUGAUUUUGAUUUCACCACUAAUGAAAACUGCCAGAAAAGCAAGAUUUUCUUCAUUGCAUGGUCUCCAGAUAUAUCAAAGGUGAGACAUAAGAUGGUAUAUGCUAGCACCAAGGACAGAUUCAAGAGGGAACUUGAUGGUAUUCAAGUUGAGUUGCAAGCAACAGAUCCUAGUGAAAUGAGCUUUGACAUCAUAAAAGCACGAGCACUAUAAAAAGUGUUACCAACAAAGACCCUUCAUUAAUUAAUUAAUCAUGUUUUAUUCUAAUUAACCGUACAGCUACCUUUUGCAGCACUAUUUAUUUAUUUUUUAUUUUUUGUUGUCAUAUUUUUCUUUUAUUUUGUGUCUUAAUGGUAUAUGGUUAAUUCAGUAAAAUAAUAGGGGGGAAAACACACAUUGCAAUGCAUUUCAGAUUAAAUUAGAGUACUUUGCUUAUUGUAUACAUUACAUUAUUUGGCUUUCUAAAAGUGCUAUUAUAU